AUGGCCAUGUCUGCAAACACUGAUCAGAAAUUUAUUAGAACUGCUGAUUACGACUUUAUUCAAAAGCUAGGCAUCAAUGUGUAUUAUCCAAGUUAUAUUGAAAACCCUCAGAUUCUGGGUGGGGAACUUAAAGACCUUAUAAUUGACAAGCCCAUUUACAAAGAAGCCAAUAAACAUGCAAAGAAAAGACUGGAGUUAAAGAAAUUGAAAAGAGAACAAAGACGAGAGAGUCUGCAAAUGAAACAUGAUCAAAAAAGUCAACUCAAAGAAGCCAAACGACAACUGCAUUUAGAAAGAAAAGAAUUAAAGAAAGAACUACAUCAACAAAAGGCAGAAAUGAAAAGAGAACAGUAUCAACAACGAGCUGACAAACGGGCAGAAAAUCGACUUCAGAAAUCUGAUUCUCUUAAACAAUCGUACUGUGGUCAUUACAUGAAACAAGGAUUAAGCAUGAACAGUCAAAUAGAUCCAAAAAAUGAUAAUUAUCCCCAACCCACUAGCAACAACUAUAGCAAUAACAAUUACCCACAACCCACAAACUAUAGUAAUUACCCACAACCAACAAGUUACAAUAAUUACCCACAACCCAACAGUUACAGUAAUUACAAGAAUCUAUUUGAUGUCAGCAAUAGUGAUACGACUGAUGACGAAAAAACUGAAGUUGAAAGUGAUAUGGAAUCGACAAUCAGAUCGUUGCAAUCAACUACUUUGGCAACAACAGUUAACCACUCAGUAGCUUACAACCAUAAGGACGAACACCAGAGUAAAAUGGCACGAGCCAAUUCUUAUGAUCAAACUAAAUCAACAUUUACUAGUUUGCGAUCCAAUAUUAAGAAUAAAUUGAAAUUCAGAACACACAGAAGUUCAAGUGAACAAUUAGAACUUGUAACGGAGAAUGUCACCAAUGGCCACUCAGGUGCGUCAGAAACCAUCCAAUACACUAAAUCACAGAUGGUUGGACAUGGGUCAUUCGGAGUGGUAUUUCAAAUACAACUUCAACCUUCCAAUGAAAUAGGAGCAGUGAAGCGUGUGUUACAGGACAAACGUUUCAAAAAUCGUGAAUUACAAAUCAUGAAAUUGGUUCAUCACAGAAAUAUAGCUGAUUUGAAAUACUAUUUCUACACCAACAAUGAAAAAAAUGAACUUUACUUGAAUUUGAUUUUGGAGUUUGUACCAGAAACUCUUUACAAGGCUAGUCAUUAUUAUGUUUCCAAAAGAUUAAACAUGCCUCCAUUAGAAGUUAAAUUAUACACCUACCAAAUGUUUAGAGCAUUAAAUUACAUUCAUUCACAAGGCAUUUGUCAUAGAGAUAUUAAACCACAGAAUUUGCUCAUCAAUCCUGAUACUGGUGAGUUAAAAUUAUGUGAUUUUGGGUCGGCUAAGAUUUUGAACCCUAGUGAGCCCAAUGUGUCGUAUAUUUGUUCUAGAUAUUAUCGUGCACCCGAAUUAAUCUUUGGUGCUACUAAUUAUACAACCAAGAUUGAUGUAUGGUCAGCUGGUUGUGUGAUGGCCGAAUUAAUUUUGGGACAACCAUUAUUUCCUGGUGAAUCUGGCAUAGAUCAAUUGGUGGAAAUCAUCAAGAUAUUGGGUACACCAUCGAGGGAACAAAUCAAAAAUAUGAAUCCAAAUUAUAUGGAACAUCGUUUCCCACAAAUAAAACCAAUACCUUUACAAAAAAUUUUCAAAAAAAUGAGUCCAGAUUGCAUACAGUUUUUAAUCAAAGUAUUACAAUAUUCACCAAUUGAUAGAAUUUCGUGUAUUGAAGGAUUAAUCGAUCCAUAUUUUGAUGAAUUGAGGAAUGAAAACACAAAAUUACCAAAUUAUAGAAAAAUAUUCCUGCAACAAUUUCAUAGUAAUAAUUCUAGUGGGUUUGGCAAUGCUGCCAAUUAUCAAUUGUACAAUUCUCAACCUGAUUUAAGAGAUUUACCAGAAUUGUUUGAUUUCGAUGAUCGUGAAUUGUCAGUUGCCCCCCGUUUGAACAAACAAUUGGUUCCAAAUUGGGCAUAUUCGCAUUUGAGAUUAAAUCAGCAUAUAAAUAGCUUGGAUGAUUUCUCGCCAAUGUCUGCUGAUGAAUUAAAAGUUACCCUUGAAUAG